AUGGAAACAAUUCCUUACUCUUUUAUUGUUGGAAGUUUGAUGUAUGUUCAAACUUGCACAAAACCGGAUAUUAGUUUUGCGGUCGGAAUGCUAGAGAGAUAUCAAAGUAACCCUGGAAUUGAUCACUGGAAAGCUGCAAAGAAAGUCUUAAGGUACCUGAAAGGAACAAAGGAUUACAUGCUCAUGUAUAGGAAAUUCAAUCACUUAGAAGUUACUGGAUACUCAGAUUCAGAUUUUGCUGGAUGCGUUGACACUAGAAAGUCCACAUUUGGUUACUUGAAGGAGCAAUAUCGUGGAGGAGUGCUAAGCAAUCUGUCAUUGCUACAUUCACAAUGGAAGCAAAAUUUGUGGCAUGUUAUGAAGCCACAAUUCAUGCAUUAUGGCUGCAAAACUUCAUUUUAG